CUUCGUUCGUGGGAGCUCUGAUGCAGUGAUAGACAGGGGUAUAGGCUAUAAGUUAUCUGGCAAAACGAUGCAUGAAGGAAGAUCUCUUUUCACGCAUGCACACACUCGGCCUAGUUUGGCCAGCUACAUGGAUAGGUUAUCUCUCAUUUUGUCCAAGACAGUUACUUUAGAAAUAAAUUGGUCACAUGUCAAGGUGGAAUUCAUCAAAGACAGACUGUCGCGAUGAGUCUGGUAAUCCCAUCUAUGUAGAUGGAAAACCUCGCAUACAUACUGAUGGGACAGGAUUUAUAUCUGAGGAUCUGGCUUUACUUUGUCCUGAGAUAGCACGCAAAGGAGAGCAGAUCAAUAGUGAACACAUCGAGGGACUUGAUGAUCCUGAUGGUGAACUUGAGGACAAAAUUCUGGAAUGGAAACAGCCAGGCACUAGAACUCGGGAACUGCCUUUGCUCAUGCAGUUCCGACUUUUUUACGAAGGCCGUGCUAUCAAAGGAACUUUUCUUGUCAAUAAAGAGCUUCCACCAAGAACUUUGAAGAUUCGAUCAUCAAUGGUUAAAGUUGAGCCAGAUCCAAAAUUGUCAGAUCCUCAAACAGUGAAUUCACUGGAGAUAGUAGGAACAAGUAAACUUAAUAAGAGAACGUAUUUGUCGAGGAACUUAAUUGCACUUUUGUACCAUGGAGGGGUGCCAAAAAAAUACUUCAUCGAGUUACUUAUGAAAGCUUUAGAAGAGACUCGUGACGUUUUUAGCAAUCCACGCGCAGCAUUCAGAGUUGCCCUUAGAUAUGGCGAGAUCGAUGACAACCGUACUGUUGCGAAAAUGAUCUCCUGUGGUAUUCCUCUUGAAGAACCAUAUGUGCAAUAUCGUCUUUCAACCCUUAUGGACAUGGAAAAGAUCAAUCUCAAAAAAGGGAAAAUUUGUAUUCCUGAAUCAUACUAUUUGAUGGGGACAGCUGACCCAACAGGAAAACUUGAAAAAGAUGAAGUUUGCAUUAUCCUAGAAAAUGGACAACUACUGUCGGGAGAUUUUCUAGUGUACCGGAAUCCUGGUUUACACUUUGGUGAUAUUCAUGUCCUAAAGGCCAGAUAUGUCAAGGAACUAGAAUCUGUUGUUGGCAAGGCCAAGUACGGUAUAUUCUUCUCUAGUAAAGGUCCACGUUCCGUUGCUGAUGAAAUGGCUGGUGGAGAUUUUGAUGGUGAUCUAUACUGGAUCUCAAGAAACCCUCAGCUAUUAAAAUCGUUUAAACCAAGUGAACCAUGGAUUGGAAAGUCAUCUGCCCAAAAAGUUCAUGGUAAAAGACCAACCGAGCUUUCAAAGGAUGAUCUAGAAGAUGAGCUCAUCAAACUAUUCUUGAAGACUAGGUUUGAACCAAGCUUCGCAUUGUAUGAGGCAGCUCAAAACUGGAUGGCUUUGAUGGAUAAAUUUUUGACUCUAGGAGAUACGAGUAUUGAUGUGAAAAAAAAACUGAAGGACAAGAUACUGCGAUUAAUUGAUAUUUACUAUGAAGCUCUCGAUGCACCAAAAAAAGGUUUUGAGGUUGUAGUUCCAAAAGAAUUGAAGGUGCGAGAGUUCCCACAUUUCAUGGAGAAGAAAAACCAAGAAUCCUACCAUUCAAGUUCCAUUUUGGGAUCCAUUUAUGAUAAGGUGGAGGAAUUUAAAACAGAAGACAGAUCUCUCAAAGAAAUUCGGAAACUUCCUCUUUUUGAAGACGACGUUCCUGAGGACCGCUUGAAAGAAUGGGAGAAACGAUACAAAGAGUACCGGAAGAAGAUGACCUCUGCCAUGGGAAAUGAAGAUAAAGAGAGCAAGAAUCAGGCAGCCAAUAUCGUCAUAAGAGAGUAUAAAGAGAUCCUAUUCGAGGCUGAGGAGUUUGAGGAAAGUAAAAGGGACAGACAACAAAUAUAUAACGACGCACUCGCUAUUUAUCAUGUUUGUUAUGACUAUGCCAGGAGUGUGAGGACUGAAACUGGGGCACAAGAUGUCGGGAAAUGUGGCUUUGUCUGGAAAGUUGCAGGUGCAGCUCUAUGCCAGCUUCAUGAGGACCGGAGUUUGAAACCUGGUGAAAAGGUUUUCAGGAUCUUACCCUCUGUUUUGAAGGAUAUUAUGUAGUCCAAUGAAACAGAUAAUCUUGAUUUUAAUCAAGGAAUGCUGUAUGUAAUAUUAGAUACUGUAGUAUUUGUAUGUAAUGUGUAGAUUAUAAUGUAUAUAGGUCAAUGAAAAGCUAGUGCACGUCUCUGUUUUUGGCCAAAAUGAAAACGACCCAGCAUGAAAUAUUUCGAGAGAGAAUGACCAGAAAUGUUUGCGACUC